AUGCCGAACGUAAACGUUAAAUGGGGCAAAGAGAAGUAUGAAGUUUCACUUGAUUUCAAUGAGACACCUCUUGUUUUCAAAUCACAGCUCUUCGCUUUAACUGGUGUACCUCCAGAUCGUCAAAAAGUGGUGGUAAAGGGGAGAACACUUGGAGAUGAAUCCUGGACGGGGAUAACAGUUUCUGAAGGAGCUAUGAUAAUGAUGAUGGGAAGUGCUGAUGCCGUUCCUGCACCUCCUAAGCCGGAAGACGAGAAGAAAGAGACCGUGCAGAGCGACGAAAAAGUGAUAAAACUACCUAGCGGUUUGAAAAAUCUAGGAAAUACUUGUUAUAUGAAUUCGGUGUUGCAAAGCUUUAAGACGAUCCCGGAAAUCAGGGAUGGUCUUCAGCGAUUAAACCAAUCCAACCAGGAGUCUGAUGCAAAUAAAAAGAUGGCCAUGGCUGUGAAAAGUGUUUAUGAGAUGCUUGAUAAUCCACGUCGAACUCCUGACGAGCCACUGGUGCCUUUUUUCAUGUUGCAGGCUCUUCACAACAUACUUCCUCAGUUCAGCUCAAGGGAUGAACACGGUCAUUUGGAACAACAAGAUGCGAAUGAGUGCUUCUCUGAGAUUCAACGAAUGAUGUUAAGCGCCCUGUCUGCUAACAAAGAGCUUGUCGGGAAAGAUAUCCGGGAGUUCUUCCGUGGAAAAUACCAGGUUAUACAGAAAUGUUUGGAAUCUGACGAGGAGCCUGUACAGAAGACCACUGAGGAAUUUUAUCAGCUUUCCUGCUUCCUGUCAGCAGAAGUUAGAUAUAUCCAAAGUGGAAUCAAAGAAAAACUCUCGGGAGAAAUUGAGAAGAUGAGUACGGCAUUAGGUCGGAACGCAAAGUGGGAACGUAAUGUGCUCAUUGAUCGACUACCUGCAUAUGUCUCGGUGCAAAUGGUUCGAUUUUUCUACAAAGAGUCCAGUCAGGUGAAUGCCAAAAUCUUGAAAGACGUCAAGUUUCCGAUGAUUUUGGACUUGUGUGAUAUUUGCACACCUGCACUGCAAGAACGAUUACGUCCCGCUCGAGACGCCGUCAAGAAAGAGGAAGAUGCAAAGAUUGAACGCAUGAGGAAACAGAAGAUGGAAGGUACUGAUUCUAAGGCUGUUGAAGACGACGGUAAACCAUUACCUUUUUCGUUUCCUGAUGAUGAGGGUAGCAACAAUUCUGGGUUUUAUGAACUGAAGGCUGUGAUAACCCACAAAGGACGAUCGUCAAACUCUGGUCAUUACGUUGCAUGGGUGCGUUUAGGUGAAGAUAAAUGGGCAAUGUGUGAUGAUGAACAUGUUAGUCCAGUCACAUCUGAGCAGGUGCUCAAAUUAUCUGGAGGCGGAGACUGGCACUGUGCCUACGUUCUACUUUAUGGCCCGCGAAUUGUUAAAGAAUAUCCAGCAUUAAAAGAUGAAAAGGAGAAUAUAGAAGAGCAGACUAAAGGUAUUGAAACCAUGCAAACAAAUUAA